ACCCCGUCCAGGGUGUACUGUACCUCGCCUUGUGCAACAGGCUUCAUACCCCCCGAUCCCACGAGCCUGUAUACAGGAUAAAGCGGUGUAGACAGUGUGACUGAGUGAGUGUUUCCUCCUCGCCGCUAGGUGUCGACACUUAUAUUAUCGUCAUAUUAUUUUGUCCGCCGCCGAAAGUUAGUGCGUCACUUCCGUUCAGCCAGGUUCGAGCCAAUGGCAUUGCGCCGAAGCAGGCGGUCACUCUACAGGUUUAAAUGCUCGCGCGAACUUGCUCAGAGUUUAGAGUAUAGAGGAGCUGAAAAUCCCUGAAAUCUGCAAUAAAUCAGUAAUAAACGCGCUAAAGCGGAAGAAGACAAGAUGUCAACCGAAGGGCCUCUACAGGAGCUGCCGUGCCUGAAUGAGAAUCUCGAUGGUUCCCUGCUGUGCAUGUCACAGUCCAAAGCGAAGAAAAGGCCGUGUGUGUAUGAAGACGGACUACACUCUGAAAACACUCCUCACGAGCUUAUCCAGCACUGGUCCCCACCCCGUAAGCAGCUCCGACCAUGUGCCAAGGGCAAAGAGAACGUCUUUGUCCUCGCCAGACGCCCCAGAAGGAGCAGAGACACCACGGGCGGUCUGUGUUGGGACACUCUCCCGGAUGAGCUGCUGUUGGGGAUUUUCUCUCGUCUUUCACUGCAAGACCUUCUCAGGACGUCCCGUGUCUGCAAGCGCUGGCAUCGACUGGCGUUUGAUGAGUCACUGUGGCACAGCGCUGAUUUGGUAGGAAAAGCCCAGCUGAAUGGCGAGCUGGGUCAGGUGCUCACAGCGGGGGUGUUGAGGCUGCGCUGUCCACACUCCUGUAUCAGCGAACCCGGCUUUAGGAACACACAACUCCUGCGUGUCCAGCAUUUGGACCUGUCCAGCUGUACUGUGCAGACGCCUGUGCUGGAGGACAUCCUGUCACGCUGCAGACGGCUACAGAACCUCAGCGUGGAGGGACUCGAGUUGUCCGACUCGAUUCUUCGGUCUUUAAGGGAGAACACAGAACUGGUGCGGCUGAACAUGUGCGGCUGUACUGGUUUCUCUGCUGACACUCUGACUGAGAUGCUUCAAUCUUGCACCAAGCUUGAGGAGCUGAACGUGUCAUGGUGUGACUUCAGCAGUGAACAUGUUCAGGCUGUCGUUAACCACAUCCCCUCCACUGUCACUCAGCUCAACAUCAGUGGCUACAGACAAAACCUUACCAUGGAUGAUGUAAAGAUUUUGGUGGAAAGAUGUCCGAAUCUCACACAUUUGGAUUUAAGUGACAGCGUCCUUGUGACUACGGACAGUUUUCCCUUCCUGCAGCAGCUCUCCUCACUCAGACAUUUAGCGCUAAGUCGCUGCUACCAGAUUCAUCCAGCUGCGCUCAUAGAGUUUGAGAAGUUUGCUGCUCUGCAGACCCUGGAGGUGUUUGGUCUCGUACAGGACAGUUCCCUGCCCAUCCUGAGUAAAGGGCUGCCACGGAUACAGAUCAACACGCAGCCGUUCUCGACCGUGGCUCGUCCCACUGCGGCCUCACGAAAAGAUCGCACACUGUGGGGAAUGCACUGUCGACUCGUGUAUAAACCCUAAGCAGCACUCCAGCACAGUUUGAGUUUGGAGUGAAACAAGAGGUGACUUUUUUUUUUUUUUUUUUUAUGUUUUAAAUGACCAAUAGUUUUAAGUGAUGAUGUGGUAACUUUGUGGAUCACUGUUAUGGCGAUAUCAUCUAUUAUGCUGUAUGAAUCACGCCUUACUUGUAAGAAACAGAAAAUUAACGAAAAAUGUUGUUUACAGACUCUAGAUGUGUGUCAACACUUUUGCACUUUCAGCAGGUUGACAACUUGUUUCUGUGAGUAAAGGACAUGACUUCAACAUGCUAUUUGUUACCAUUAGUGAUAAGUGCAGCAGGGUAAAGGACCUUAACUGCAAUGUUGGUUUUAUUCCUUAAAGUGUUUUAGGAAAAAGAAGUGCAAAUAUUGAACUUCUAACAAUUUUGUACCUUUUCAAAGUAUCAAUCGAACUGUGAAUGACUUCUAGUGCUUUAAUGUCUUUUGAUGAUGGUUUUUGAAAGUUUAGUAGUUUUAAACCAGAUGUGUAUGUUAUCGUUACAUGUUCAUUCCAGAGCCUCAUUUUAAUAAAUUAUUGAAUCAUAGGGAUGCACCGUUACAAUACAGAAAGCAGAAUUUUGAGUAUAGACCCAGGGUAAAAAGUGCCGCUGAGUGGUUUCAGUAGUAUUCAAUUAGGAGCUUCAGGCUGCAAACCAUGACAAAGCUGCAUAGCUUAAGGAGGUGUCUUAGUUUUUAACACCUUUUAUAGACAUGCCUAGUUUCAGUGUUCUUCCACGUAUUCGGGUCAAAACUGGUAUUUUUCCGUUAUGAAAAGUUUGGGACAGGAGUUUCCAGUUUGUUGGUAACCUGAAGUUGCUAAUUUCUAUUAUUUAAAAAGAAAAAGACUGAUAUGGGAGCGACUGUGUAAAGCUGCUAUAACCAACAAGUUUCCCACACAUUCUCAACUUAUCCAUCCAUAUGUUAACAUUUAUCCUUUACCUGAGGGGGAUCAUGGGCGAAUUGCUGUGCUUUAAGAGGUGGAAAAAUUGUGCUGUUAUUAGGAAAAUAUCAACUCCAGUAUCAUAACUUUUUUUUGCUUUUUUUUAUUCAUUACUUAUAAUGUGAACAUUUUGAUCGUAACCCAGUUAUUUGAGCAUCACUUAGGAAUGAUUUCAGAAUGUAUUUAAUACACUGAUCAGCCAAAACAUUAUGCCCAGUAUUGUGAAUGUUCUUUUUGUUCUGUGGUGUCUGGCACAUGGACAGGGUGGGGCCUCUGUGAAGGGGACUUGUUUGUCCAGUGCAUCCCAUGGGUUGCUCGAAUGGAUUCAGAUCUGUAUUGGCUUUUCUGUGGGAUUAGGCCAGCUUUUAUAAUUGAUGAAUGUUAAUUUUUUUUGGGUGUUAAUGUCAUGGCUGAUUAGUGUAAACAGUACAGUAUAUCAGUAAUUUAAAUCAGAAAAUGUGUUGUUUGUAAUACUGAUAUUCUGCAUCAGAUUGGUGCAUCUGUUUCAUGCUUUGUACACUGCACACAUUUUUAUGCACAUAAAACCAUAAAGCAUUAAAAUAAGAGUCUACUGAUCCUGAGUGAUUGCUCAUGUCUUGACAUGGCUAAUCUAAAACACUGCUCUGCAAAAUCAAAACCAAUUGGUUAACAGUACUGUAACAACAAGGGGAUGUGCAUGUGUAAGUACUUUGAAUUAGGCAUGUUUCCCCACUCACUAAAGGUGCCAUUUCAGGAAACCCAUUUGCGGUACACUUGUUAACUCACUGUUCAAUGUCUAUAUAAAUCAUCCAUUGUUAUAUACAAUUUUUUUUUUUUUUUUUUUGUAAUUUAAUCCGUUGUAAAAUUUGUAGUAGCUUAAAGUUUUUAUGACCAAAUUGCCUGAAGUCUUGGAAUCAGUUGGGUGGUUUACCACUGAUUAUGAAUACGAGUAAACUUGAAGCAAUCAGUUCUUUACUAAGAACAGAAUUUGGGAUAAUGUAUUUUUAUGAAUAUUUACUUUUGAAUGUUCACUGAUUUUUUUUAAAUAAAUAUUUUACGCUAUAAAUGUGUUCUCUGAUCAUUAUUGUGAGACCUUCACUUAGUUACUGACGAGUUGAUCGAAUAAGAACUUGCUCCUACUUGGGGUCAG